AUUUGCCAACGCCAUCUACAACUUCGAAUACAGGAGAGAUGAUGUCUGCUUGUUCACUUUUCCUAAAAGUGGGACGGUUUGGACAGCCGGGAUCAUCUGGGCCAUGACGCACAUUGGGGAAAUCGAGAGGGCGCUGACCGAGAGUCUUAAUAACAGAGUUUACUUUGUUGAUAAUGAUUUUAUGCAUCGUCUGAAAGAGGACGACUACAGGUUAAAGUUGAAGAACUUGUGUCCAGACGCAAAGGAAGAAGAUGGUCUGGUGCUGCAGUUGGCAGCCCUAGAAAAAGGACGUCGCUCAAUUUGCAGUCAUCUAUCAUUUGAUCUCCAGAAUCCAGAUGUCCUUGAUAAAUGUAAAGUCGUUUCUGUGAUGCGCCACCCGAAGGACAAUAUGUUUUCCCGAUACAUUCACUUUAACAAGUUUGGAAAUGCCAGUCUUCCACUUAUAGCAGAGACAUUCCUAAGUGGGAAAGCGAUCUACGGGAGUUACUGGCAUCACGCCAACGAGGCUUGGAAAAGGAGGAACCAUCCCAACUUGCACAUCAUGUUCUACGAGGAUAUGAAAGCGGACAUCAUGGCUGAGCUUAGGAAGCUGAACGAAUUCUUGGGGACGAAUCUUACCGAGGAUCAGCUUAAGAAGGUAGCAGAGCACACCAACUUCAACAAUAUGAAGGAAAACCCUACGAUGGCUCCCAACAGCGUCGACUUCAAAGGGUCCUUCUUCCACACGGGAAAAGUCGGGUCAUCCAAGGGACAACUCUCGCCAGAACUUGACGCUCGGGUGGAUGCUUGGGUCAAGGAAAAUGCUUCGAAACUGGACCCUGCCUUCAAGUACGCCUUUUAAGGUCAAAUUUUGAAAGGACUGGGAAUUCUGAUAAUCUGAGUCAUUGUGUAGGUGCUUUGACCCUGUUGAAGAACUGAAAUUUGAAAGCUGAACUUGUUUAGUAAAAGA